UUUACGCACUCGACAGACAAUGUUGAUAAGCUCGGUACGUGCCCCUGCCUUCAAGAUGUUUGCCCACUCUUUUUCCUCCGCGAACGAUCCCUAAUUCCGCGUAAGGCAGAUGGAUCCGCCUUGUCGAAUCACAAUUGUCAAUGUAAACGAAAAGUGAAGAACAGUGAUAAUUGAGAAUAAGGCUCAGGCCAAAACAAAGAAAAAGCAAGAAGAAAAUGGCAACUUAUUCAGCAUCUAAGAACUCAGUUGAUCUGGCCAUUGAUCCCUUGAUCACAUGCAAGUUGUGCCUAGCAGAGCACCCCUUGCAAGACAUGUAUGAACUUUAUGAGUGCAAGUGUCUCUACUGUUUGGCUUGCGUCCAACAGUAUCUGACUGUGAUGAUCACAGAGGGAAACAUAUCUGAGAUAACAUGCCCUGAUGCAUCAUGCAAAAAGCAGGGUAAACUUGAAGCAUCAGAGAUAGAAAAACUUGUGGAUACACAGCUGUUCCAUCGAUAUCAAAGACUACAUUUUUUACGAGAGGUGGACAUGGAUCCCAACCGCAUGUUUUGUCCAGAAGCUGGAUGUGAGACAGUGUGUCAUGUGUGCACAGCACCUUCUGCAGAAGCUGCUCGUCCUAGAGUUGUGCAGUGUCCAACAUGUGGACUGCAGUUCUGCUCUCUGUGUAAAUCCAAGUGGCAUGCCACAAAACCUUGUGAUGACAUCAUCCGAACAGUGUGCACUGAUGACAGCGGCAUACCCUUCAGUAAUGAGGAAGAUGCCAAAAUUAAACGCUGCCCUAUGUGUCAUGUUCCAAUUGAAAGAAAUGAUGGCUGUGCUCAGAUGAUGUGUAAACGCUGCAAGCAUGUCUUCUGCUGGUAUUGUCUGCAAUCAUUGGAUGAUGAUUUCUUGCUGCGGCAUUAUGACAGAGGACCUUGCAAGAAUAAACUGGGACAUUCCAGAGCUUCUGUUAUCUGGCAUCGAACACAGGUGGUUGGAAUCUUUGCAGGCUUUGGGGUUUUGUUGCUGGUGGCAUCUCCUUUCUUGCUUCUGGCAGCACCCUGCAUCUUGUGCUGCAAAUGCAAGAUGUGCAAGUGCUGUGAUGAUGACGACAGUGAAGGUCUCUCUGCAUGACAGCUUUUCCAGCAGGAAGUGAUUGUAGACUGCGGACUGUGAAAAAUAAUGUGCGUUAUUCCUGUAGCGAUGAUAACCACCAUGCUCACUCCUGAGUAAGGGUUUUCUGGUCAUGCACUUUGUGCUUCUAAAAUACUCUACCUUUUGAUGGAAAAUGACUUUUUUUGGUGGCUUUUGCAUUCUUAAGAAAGCUUUAAACAUGAAAGCAUACUGAAGGAACCACAGCAUAGAUUUCUCAAUACUUUAUCAGUUGUUUUUCUAGUUCGUGUCAGGUAGAAAUUAUUUAAAAUGACAGGUAGAUUUUCUCUGUGCUUGUGGAGUUAGGUACAUCUCCAGAGUACAAUAUCAUAUUGGUAUACUUUGUAGAUAAGAUACAUGUUCAGCUAACAUGGUGAAGAUUUGCUGGGCUGUGAUGUAGGUCAUUACUAUGCUUUAAUUUAUUGUUAGAUGUGUAUUAUUAUUGUAGAGUUUUGAAUCAUGUAUCGAAAACUUUCAAGUGCACACAUCUAGCAUCAUGGAAUGGGACAAUAGAGAUAUUUCUUGCCAUGCCAAUUUUUGUUCAUAUUGCUUUCUCUUAUUUUUAAAUCUCCACAAAAAUAUUUCAAGGACCGAUUCAAACAUUUUUUUUCAACACUUGUUUGUGCAUAUGCAUGCACAUUUGUGUGCCAUGAAAAAGGUUAGAUCAAUUGAGACAUCAAAAUAUAUUGUCUUAACAUUUUUUGUAGUGCAAGAGGAAACCACCUAGGAAUGAAAGGUCUGAAAUAAAACGCGAAGAGAUUUUUAA